AUGCUCCUCAUUGGCACCGCUUCCUUGUCCCUUGUGGAUGGAUGGGCCUCCCACUGCCUCCUCUCCAUCAGGGGUCAGUCCCACCUCAUCUGGGUGGUGACUUGCUCCUUCUCAUUACUCCCUGUCAUCAGUGCCCACCUGCUGGCACCAACUUCAAUGCUGUGUAAGGCCCCUGCUUCAUCUGGUGGCAACCCCAGCCAUCCUUGCUACUACUCUGUUUAUUGUGUGAUCAUCCUUGCCAUUGAUCUCUGUGGAAUAUGUCUUAUGAUCCUGUGUACUGCAGAUUCUGGUGGGAUUUGUGAUACCAUUAUGGCUUGUGCUGAUCUAGCUAGGAUCUGCCCUAGAACUGUUCUUCCUACAGAUCUCAGUGAACUCUACUGCAAGUCCCACGAUCUGCCCAAUUCCUCGAUUCCCGCACUCCCUUCAUAUGACUUGACAGAUCUUCCUGUUUUCUGCGCAUCCAGGCCCAUGACACUCGACAGGAAAGCGACGACGUUUGAAGACACUGAUUUCAUGCUCAGCUCGAUCAUCAUGUGCAGCUUCUCCAACAAGCUGUGCACAGAGUAUUUUGCUGAACAUGGUGACCAACCUGUACCUAUUGCUGUUGACCUAUUCAACUGGGCAAUGAAGAAGUGUAUGGUACAUUCCACAGCCAAAGAAUACAAACUCCUCACCAUGACCUAUGCCUUGCACUGGGACCAAGUUGGGAAGCAUGCAUACAACUUCCUCACAAAAUGGGAGGCUCACAUAUUGGAGCUACAUGCUUAUCUUCAAGACCCCUGGAUGCCUGAUCACUGUUACAGGACUCUCAAGUGCACCUUGCCCUUGGACAGAAAUGCUCUAUUCAAUUCAGUGUUUAUAUUACAUGAACAGCUUAAUGGAAAAGAACAAACUGCCAAGAGUGUCACCAACAUGCUACAUCAGUGCUAUGAGCUUGCUGCCAAGAGUGCUCCUGUUGAUAUACUGACUGCAUCUGGUGAGACUGAGCUAGUUGCAUUAGAGCUCAGCCACACAGCUAACCAUUGCCCAGAUGACAUUGCCCAUGGCCAAUGGAAGCAUGACAAGAUCAAGACACCUCCCAAGGGCCAUGCCAACAUGUGCAUGGAUAUGGCUCCAGCUCUAGCAUUCUUCACAGACAUUGAGCUGGCACCAAUCGAUCUUCUGCCCCAUUUUGUUCCAUUCGUGUUUGAUUCAGGAGCAUCAUGUGUCAUGGUUAACUCACUUCGUUAUGGAAAGGACUGUCUCUUAGUACCUGGCCUUGUGACAAACCUCAUUGGCAUGAAGUUGGUCACACAUGCUCAAGGCAAAGUGACAUUUGAGGAUGAGCUUGUCACUGUACAAGACAAACAUGAUCAUAUGAUUCAUGUCCCUACCAGUGGAGAUGGUUAUCUGGCUGUUGCCAUGAUAAUAUGGGAUGACAGCAUGCCCAAACCUGCUGUCUCCCUUGCAUUUGCUGCAACAAUGGCAAGCUCAGGACAUCCUCCACCACCUCACAACAAAGCCAAUCUCUGGCACCGAAGGUUAGGUCAUGCUAGCUAUGAGUCCAUCAUGCACACGCGUGUGGUAACUCAUGCUAGCUAUGAGUCCAUCAUGCACACGUGUGUGGUAACUCAUGCUCAUGACAUCCCUUCAAGUCCUGCUACACAUUCUGGUGUCCUUUGUGAUGUCUGUGUACAUAGUAAAGCUAUCGAACACAAUGUCACCCACCCUCAACAAGUUGAGAAACCACUCGAAUUGGUGUCCAUGGAUGUGAUGGGACCACUACAUGGCAAUAUAAAGUUUGCAUACAUCCUCAUCAUCCAUGAUGCCUUCUUGGGCAUGAUAUGGGUGCAUGGCCUGGCAAACAAAGGGGGGUCCUCCCAGGAGGCGAUAUGGUGGCUUUUGGAGAGCGAGCAAUCCAGACCAUUCAGAAGAUUGCCCACAGUCUGCUGUAUGACUCAAACAUGGAUGAACACUGGUGGCCCCACACCACAUCACAGGUGGCUUUCAUACACAAUCAAUUGGCCAGCAACACACAUGGUCACAUUACACCUUUCAAACUAUAUUACAGCAAGCAACCCAAUCCACAUAAUGUGCAAUGUUUUGGAUGCAUCACCUAUGUCAUUCUCAAGGGCAGCACAAGAACAACAUGGUUACGAAGCCACCCUAUCGUCAGCAAGCAUCUUCGUCCCCGUUGUCAGAGGUCAUGCGCCUAAAACCUGA